AUGGCUGUCAAUUCAUCAAUAAGCUUCAUCAUUGGCCUCGUUGGCAAUCUCCUCUCCAUACUCGUUUUUACCUCUCCCAUCAAGACAUUUGCGAGGAUCGUAAAGAUGAAAUCGACGGAGGAUUACAAAGGAGUUCCGUACAUAAUAACGCUAUUGAGUGCUAGUUUAUGGACGUUCUAUGGACUCCUUAAGCCGGACGGACUGCUCAUUGUGACGGUGAACAGUGCCGGCGCCAUCUUUCAGACCAUCUACGUCAUUCUCUUUAUCACCUAUGCUCCUAAACAGAAGAAGAUAAGUACGGGGAUUCUGGCGGGUGUCUUUAACGUUGGGUUUCUAGGAGGAGUGGUUGCCAUAACUCUCCUUGCACUUCACAAAAACAGCCAUGAGAAGAUCACUUUUGUGGGGACUCUUUGCAUGGCACUGACUAUUGGGAUGUACGCAGCGCCUCUUUCCGCCAUGAGGAUGGUGAUUCAGACCAAGAGCGUGAUGUACAUGCCAUUUCUGCUUUCCUUCUGUCUUUUCCUCAACGGAAGUGUAUGGUCCAUUUACGCCGUACUUGUUAAAGAUAUUUAUAUCAUAAUCCCAAACGCUAUAGGCUUUGUUCUGGGCAUUGCCCAGCUAGCCAUAUACUUCAUGUACAAAGCCAAAUCACCCGAGCCAAAGCAAGGUGAUGACGAGGACGAUGACGAUGACGUGGACACAGAGAUGGGCCCAGGCUUCCACGAAAUGGACACAAUCAAAACUGAUACCACCAAUCACAACAUGCACAAAGUAGAUGAAGAAGAAGGGAACGAAGAAGAAGAAGGAAAGCCUCAAGAACAAAGAAAGCAAGAAGAGAAGGGCCCAACAAUGGGCAACCUUGUGAUCCCUCCCAAGCCAUCCAUCAACCGGGCCCACAGCGUCAAGAAGAUCAUACGGACCAUAUCUUCCAUCAGGCCGUACGAUCUGGACUCCAAUUGGGCCACCACUACCGGAGCCCAUGGGCCUGCUGCUAACAAAAUGGGCGAUACCCCGCGCUACACCAAGAAGGAAGAUUGUACUACUACUACACCAAAGCCGUCCGUCAACAAGCCUCAAAGCGUGAGGAAGAUUACGCGGACCAUAUCUUCCAUUCAUCCAUAUGAUGCGUCCGACUCUAAUUGGGCCGCAGCCACUACCGCUCAUGGGCCUGCUACUACUGACAAAUUGGGCGACACCCCGACUGAUCAGAAGAAGGCCUUCAAUAGGUUGCAAAGCGUGAAGAAUAUCAUGCGGACCAUAUCUUCCAUUCAUCCCUCGGAUCUGGACUCGAAUUGGGCCGCGACCACCCCGCGCGGUAAACCGAUGGACCGAUCGACGUCCAUGAUUCGUCCGGCUGUCAAAUGA